AUGUUGCCGCGCCAGUCCAGACGAUGUACCACCACCGUACGAGCUGCCUCUCUUUUUCUUGAGCCGCAGUCAUGCGCAAGGACUGCCCUCCGCCGACAUGCCUUUGCACGAACCUUCCAUUCGUCUAGACCGCACCGCAUUCUAGCAGAAGCAUUGCAGCUUUCGCACAGCGCCUUCGAAGACGUUCAUACAUUGAGUGGCCUUCCCUGGUGUCUUUCGAUCCCUCUGACCGCAUCCCUGUUUCGACUCGCCUGGAUCCCAGUGCAGGUCAUAUCCACCAUCAGCCUCAAGCGCCGACAAAUCGAAGGUCCUCUUCUGAAAGGAUGGCGGAAGGCAUACCAAGACAUUGCAGUCGUCAAGUUCCGCGAUCAGACGCAGCAGACUGCAGAAAAGGCAGAAGCGUGGGUGAGCAAACAGUUGCAAGCUCGACGGAAGGCUAUACGAAAACACAGCAACUACAUGAGCCCUCUUUCGAUCUUCGGGUUACAGUUAUCCUUCCUCCCCAUCUGGAUUCUCAAUGCCGAUGUCAUUAGGCGGAUGGCAGGCGAUGACAGAACCCUGCUGUCUCUACUCGUCAGUACAGACCACAACAAGGUGGACACGACUGUCAUCCCACCCGAACCGGGCCUACAGGCAGAAAGCCUGUGGUGGAUUCCCGACCUAGUCUCCCCGGACCAUCUCUGGAUUCUGCCCCUGAUGUUUGGAGCUCUAUCGGUCGCCAGUGCGUGGAUGGCUGCGGGAAGAGGAAUGGCGAAACAACAGGUCAAGAUCUCGACCAUGGAGCAUGGCGUGGCGAAACAGAGGGAGAUUUUCUUCUUGUCCGUGUCCCAGUUCAUCGUUGCCGCGUCUUUCCUCUUCCCAGUCUUCAUCAUACGGUCAGAGACGGCCACAGCUGUGGUUCUAUAUCUGAUCGGAAGUGUGGGAACGCAGCUGGUUCAACGACCCUUGGUCAGUUAUCUUCUGGGUGAUCCAAAGAAGUCGGCUAUUGAGCCGCUGGAGCGCAAAGCCCCUAGACUCAAGGGAACACGGGACACCCGCUGA